CCAAUUGCCAAAGUCACUGAACGACAACGUUUUAGGUAGGAGAGAGCAAACCAGAGUAGGCCAGCCGACCCGUUUUUUGAUCGGAAGAAAUGGUGUUUAUUAGUUCGUAGCUUCAAAAUUACGGUGGUCGAACCCAGAAAAAUGCCGAAGAGGACAACCCACACCUACUCGAGCGAGGACGCACGUCCUGCUGGUCCCGAUUCUGACCUCUUCGUCUAUUACUGCAAGUACUGUGGAUCUCAUGUCCUCAUUACUGAUACCCAGUUGCAGAAAAUGCCAAAAAGAAAGACUGAUAAAGCUCAUGUAUUAGACAAGAAGAAACAUCUUGCAAGGUUAAACAUUAGUGAGGGUGGAAAGGUUCUUCUUAAGCGGGGUGAAGGGAUGGUGGAGAAGCAGUUCCGAAUGAACUGCCUAGGUUGUGAGCUCUUUGUCUGCUAUCGCACUGAGGAGGAUUUGGAAUCUACUUCCUUUAUCUAUGUUGUUGAUGGUGCUGUUAGUACAGUUGCUGCUGAAACCAACCCACAGGAUGCUCCUGUGCCCCCUUGCAUAUCGCAAUUGGAAGGAGGACUAGUUCAAGUGGCUAUAGAAGUGGAAGAUCGCGCACAACGCUCUGCAAUAACAAGGGUGAAUGCUGACGAUGUUCGAGUUACCGUUGCCGCUCCUGCAGCUCGUGGAGAAGCUAAUAAUGAACUUUUGGAGUUUAUGGGAAAAGUGUUGGGUCUGAGAUUGAGCCAGAUGACCCUUCAAAGAGGAUGGAAUAACAAAUCAAAACUACUUGUGGUUGAGGAUUUAUCUGCAAGACAAGUGUACGAGAAGCUUUUGGAGGCUGUGCAACCAUGAAGAAGCUAUGUAACUCUCAUCUUUUUUGUUCCAAUUUGUUGAAGUGACUAAUAGUUAUAUACAUUUGUGUUCUUUCCCUGGCAAUAAAGACUUCAAAACCAGGGAUUUAACUACUGACUGUACUUGUUAGUGUUCCGGUUGACCAGCUUUCGUUUGGCUUGGCUUGUUCAAGUGUAGUAAAAACAACAUUGUUUGGCUAAAGGUGCAAAUGUAACUAAAGAAGCUAUAAAAAUUCAGAGCAUAUUGUAAACUUUGGCCAAAUUUGGUAUUAAAAGUAGUUUUUUCUAUUA